AUGGGCUCGGCGGUUUUGAACUUAACAACGCUGGACCUUUCACGGACGACAGACAUCUCAUUGACCUUGCUGGAUCCAGCCAGACCCGACGCAUCCUUAGGAGAUAUCCUCAUGACUGUCACCUUGUUUCCUAAAACUCAAGAGGACAAAGAGCAGAAGAGACCUACACUGGACAGAAUGUUCGCUUCGACGUCACAAAGAAAUGAUGAUGGUUUGCGGGCGUCUUACAAUAUCUCGUUACUUAUAGCAAAAUCCGGAAAACCGCAUACUAUCGGACAGAAGUUAAUUUUGCCAGCCGUUGAAAAGGUUUUAAAAACUGUUUUACACAAACCUGCAUCUGAUAUCAUUAAAGGAAUUCCCUUAAGCAACAAUACUGUUGAAAGACGUAUUGAUGAAAUGAGUUCUGAUAUUGAAAGCUUCUUAUGCAAUUAUUUGCAAACGACCCAUUUCUCUAUACAACUGGACGAGCCAACUUUACCUGAUAAUGCAGCAUUAUUAUUGGCAUAUGUUCGUUUUAUUAUGAAUCAAGAAAUCUACAAAGAACUGCUCUUCGCAAGAACUUUGAUAACCGACACUAAAGAUUUUGAAUCUAGGUUUGAGGAUAUUUUGACUAUGGUAAUACCACCGUGGAUAAUUAAUCCAUAUGGUGACAUAGAAGAAACGAAUGUCAUAAUACAAGAGGAACUGACUGAACUAAGUACAAACGAAGAACUUAAGGUUCAGUUUAAAAACGGAUAUCAGCAAUUCUGGCUGCAAAACAACAUACCCGUAUUAUGGAAUAUAGCAAGGAAAUUUUUUUUUUAA